AUGCCUCCUCGAAUACAACCCCAUCGUGUGCAAAUACCCUCAUCAGUACAAUGCUUUCGCACGAGGCCUACCGAACUUGUCUGCGAGCAGACUCGCCAAUACCGCCAUCUCACCAAACCCCCAUAUGUCAACCCCAAAAUGAAGCGCCUGCGGCGUGACAUGCAAGCAUGGCUCAAUGGACCGGGCAAAGUAUUCCGCGAGCCACUACCGGGCAGCACCAACUACAUGGCUGCGUAUGAUAAGCAGGGCAAGCUCAUACGAACAAAGCGACAAAAUCAGGGAGAGGAAGAUGUCGAAGAAGACGCGGUGCCUUUGGAAAAGGAGCCCGAGAUCCGGAAACAAGAAGAGGAAGAUGGACUGGACGAGCAGGAGAUGCAGGCACGAUACGAACAGCGCGAGUUCGUGCGGCAACGGAAAGCCGAGCGAGACGCACGUGGUGGGCUGCCGCGAGAGAGGCCCUUCGAUCUGAGGCCGUAUCCUCUCAAUCAAAACUUUCGGUCACAGCCUGUGCUGAGCGAAGACUUGAGAGAGGUCAUCUAUCAGCAGGUGGCUGUCAAUGGUGUCGAUGUGUCUACUGUCAGCGCGGCUUUCAGCGUUGAUACCAGACGGGUUGCUGCUGUGGUUCGACUGAAGACCAUUGAGAAGAAAUGGAUUGAAGAGAACAAGCCACUCGCAAAACCGUAUCAGGACGCGGUAAUGGCGAUGCUCCCACAAACGCCUUAUCGGCCUAAUAUCCCAGGCAAGAUGGUUCCCCAUGAGACCAUCAACGACCUGCCUGUCCACCCAAAGACACGGCAGCAAAUCUUUUACCCGGUCUCAGAAUCGAGGCAGUUCACACGAGAGGAUGCGGCAAAAGCAUUUGAUGAGACUCUUCUUCCCGCUGAUGAGAGAAUCGCUCACCCUGAGCUCAUUGCCAUUGAGAAAGAUACCAUUGCUGGCCUCAGCCGGGAAGAGCGUUUCAAAAGACAACAAGAGCGUGACAGAGUAGCUGCCGAGGCCAAGGCAGAACAGGAAGAGAAGCGACGAAGGUGGGAAGAGAAGACUCAGCGAGUUGUGCCUGGUCGACGAUGGGACUUCAAGUUCCAAGACUUCAGUGCUGAGAAGGUCGGCAAAACUGGAAGGGCCCGUAAUGCGAUCGGUGUGCGGUAUGGCAUGCCGCAUGAGGACCGCAAGAGAGGCAUGGUCAAGAUUCCAACGAGCGUGGAGUGA